AUGGAUCGCGGAAUCAAAAGAAAAGCCGAAUCCAUAUCAGAAGCACCAAAGAAAUCCGUCAAACUGGAUGAUUACUGCAAUACACCCAUUCGUCGUUCGUCUGAAGGAGAAGAAAUUUGGCCAGCUCCACGUGACCAAUUGGAAUCUGCCUAUGACUUCAUUCGGGAAUGCGCGAAAGCUCAAAAACCCACCCUUAUUGUGCCAGAUAAGGAUGCAGAUGGAUUGAGUGCGGGAGUCAUCAUGUAUCGCACAUUGAUUAAACUUGGCCUGGAAGAAAAGAAUUUGGAUAUUCAUUUAGUGAGGAAGGGCUCGAAUAUUCAUGAAGAAUAUGAACGGAAGGCGAUGGCGGAAAAGAAGCCAAGUUAUGUGAUUGUUUUGGAUCAAGGAAGUCGAGGUGGAUUGCCUGUUAUCGACGACAAAAGCGCGAGAAGCAUGAUAAUUGAUCAUCAUUUCAGCGAUGACUUCCCCAAAAACGCAAUUAACUUCAUCCUGAUAUUGCUCAAGAAUGCGGCACGAAGAACUGGCACAUAUGACGUUAUCACCGCCUGGAAAGCAUUACUCGAAGCCAAAGACCCUAAGGAAAUCAUGACUAAUAAGAGACUCGCUGAAGCACGACGCGAGAUUAAUGAAGAGGUUGAAAAACAGACUCAUACACCACCAAAAUUUAGCAAAGAUGGUAAAGUUGCUGUAUUGAGAAUCGAAAGCGAAGCUCAGGUACACCCUGUUAUUGCUACGCGAUGGGCAGGUUUUUUGAAAUCUAAAGCCCUAGAAAUAGUAAUGGUAGCUAAUUACGGUUACCUACCCGGGAAAGUAAAUUUCUCAUGUCGGAUUGCUCGAUGUGCUCGAGUGCGAGAUCCACCAGUCAAUAUUAUCGAGUCAUUAAAAGCGGUUGCUAAUCUAGACACUACUGAUCUCGUUGAGAGACUGGGGGAAAACUUCGCUCGUGGUCACAAGGAGGCUUCGGGUGGGAUUGUCAACACUGCGGAAUUCGAAGAAUUAUGUGCUUUGAUGAAGGUUGGGGAAAAGGCUGAAAAGUCCGAAAACUCUGAGCAAGGUGCAUUGAUGAAGAAAGUUGAGAAAUCACCACAGAAGAACACAUUGAAUAAUUAUUUCAAGAAGUCCUGA